CUGUCAGUGAUCUUCAGCUCGCAUCAUGAUGAGGAGGCGCUGCGCUGUGUAAAGAUGGCCGCCGUGGCUUCCUACGACCAGCUGGCCCACCAGGUGGAGGCGCUCCGCAAGGAGAACUCACACCUGAGGAGAGAGCUGGAGGACAACUCCCAGCACCUGUCCAAACUGGAGACAGAGACCUCCGGCAUGAAGGAGGUGUUGAAGCAGCUGCAGAGUAAACUGGAGCAGGAGGCGGGAACUCUGGCCUCGUCGGGACGGAGCGACGUGCUGCACCAACUCAAAGAGCUCCACAUGGACCUGACUAACUACUAUGAGCUGAAGCAUCAGCCUCACAACCUGCGGCUGCUGGCGGACAGCCUGGGGGGGGCGGAGCCUCCCAGCAGAGCGCCGUCCCGUCUGAGCACGGCGUCCGGGGCCGAGGCCGCUGCCGCCAUGAUGCCGCAUCACUUCCUGGACGGAGCGCCGCCUAAAACAGCUGUGAUCAGCGGAGCGGACGGACGGAUGAGCGACCAUCACCAAGAGGAACUGUACAAGGAGAGGAACCUGCUGCUCGGGGAGAUCGACCGCGAGGAGAGGGAGCGCUGCUGGUACUUCAGCCAGCUGGAGGCGCUGUCACAGAGACUGGCUCAACUUCCUCGCAUCGACACGUUUUCUCUGCAGAUGGAUCUGAUCCGGCAGCAGCUGGAGUUCGAGGCGCAGCAGGUCCGAUCCGUGAUGGAGGAACGCUUCGGCACCAGCGACGAGAUGGUUCAGAGAACGCAGAUACGUGUUGCUCGUCUGGAACAGCUGGAGAAGGAGCUACAGGAGGCCCGAGGGAGUCAAGAGACCCAGCUACAGCUGUCUGGAGCUGAGAAACCCCCUGCUGGAGAACCAGAGAGCAACACAUCAUCGUCUGCUGCAGCAGGAUCAGAAGCCGGUGCAGACGGAGGUAGCAAGGUGGAGAUGGUGUUCUGGCUGCUCUCCAUGCUCGCUAACCGAGACAAGGAGGAGAUGUCCCGGACUCUGCUGGCUCUGUCCAGCUCUCAGGACAGCUGCAUCGUCAUGAGGAAGUCCGGCUGCGUCCCCCUCCUGGUCCAGAUCCUCCACGAAGCUCCAGGCGGCAGCGCCAGUGGACCAGCGGAGACGACGGCCACGGCCGCGGCUGCAUCCGCGUCCGCGCCCACAGGCUGCAGCCGAGAAGCCAAAUCCAGAGCCAGCGCCGCCCUGCACAACAUCAUCUACUCGCAGCAGGACGAGGGACAGGCCCGCCGCGAGAUGAGAGUGCUGCACUUGCUGGAGCAGGUCCGCACGUACUGCGACAGCGGCUGGGACUGGACCGAGAGCCACGCGGGGACCCCAUCCCCGGGAGGAACCAAAACCACCGACAUCCCUGAACCUGUGGACCCUCAGAUCUGUCAGGCCAUGUGCGCCAUCAUGAAGCUUUCCUUCGAAGAAGAGUACCGACGCGCCAUGAACGAACUAGGCGGGCUGCAGGUGGUGGCCGAUCUGAUCCACCUGGAUCAGGACAUGUACGGCAUGCUGAACGACCCCAUCAACAUGGCUCUGCGCCGCUACGCAGGGAUGGCUGUCACUAACCUCACCUUCGGAGACGUCGUCAACAAGGCCACUCUGUGCUCUAAGAAGAGCUGUCUGCAGGCGCUGGUGGCCCAGCUGGCCUCCGACAGCGAGGAGCUGCAUCAGGUGGUCUCCAGCAUCCUGAGGAAUCUGUCCUGGAGGGCCGACAUCAACAGCAAGAAAGUCCUCCGAGACAUCGGCUGUGUGUCUGCACUGAUGACCUGCGCCCUGCAGGCCACCAAGGAGUCGACGUUGAAGAGCCUCCUGAGCGCUCUGUGGAACCUGUCGGCUCACAGCAUCGACAACAAGGUGGCCAUCUGCUCCGUGGACGGCGCUCUGGGCUUCCUGGUCAGCACGCUGACGUACCGAUGUCAGACCAACUCGCUCGCCAUCAUCGAGAGCGGAGGAGGAAUCCUCCGAAACGUCUCGAGUCUGGUCGCCACGCGGGAAGACUACAGGCAAAUCCUCAGGGACCACAACUGCCUCCAGACUCUGCUGCAGCACCUGCGCUCCCACAGUCUGACCAUAGUGAGCAACGCUUGCGGGACCCUCUGGAACCUUUCUGCCCGAAGUCCGAAAGACCAGGAGCUGCUGUGGGACCUCGGGGCGGUCAGCAUGCUGCGCAACCUUAUCCACUCCAAGCACAAGAUGAUAGCCAUGGGCAGCGCCGCAGCUUUAAGGAACCUCCUCACUAAUCGACCCCUGAAAUAUAAGGAUGCUGCCGUCGUGUCCCCUGGCUCGUGCAUGCCCUCGCUCUACAUGAGGAAACAGAAGGCUCUGGAGGCGGAGCUGGAUGCCAAACACCUAGCGGAGACUUUUGAUACGCUUGAGAAACAGAGCCCCAAGCACCUGACCAUCAACAAGCCGCUACGGCACAUUGAGAGCCUGGCAAAGGAUUACGCGUCUGAUUCUGGUUGUUUCGAUGAUGAUGAGGGCCCUAACGUCUCCAGUAGCCUGGACACUGGGAGCUUCUCUAUGCUGUCCAUGUUCCUUACCAACUCUAACUUCCUGCAGAACCAGCCACGUAAGAGGGACAGUGAACCUGAGAGAGACGUGGACAUGCCCCAGGUGGCCGAGAAGAGACACGCACCUCCUGACGAUGUAUCUGCUGCUGCAGAGAAGCUAGCUAAAAAGAUCACCAACACGGUUGCCAAGAUCGACAGGUUAGUGGAGGAUAUCACAAUGCACACGUCCUCCGAGGACAGUUUCAGCCUCAGCUCUGAAGACCAUUUGGCUGACUGGCCUUACGGUAUGGAUGAACUCAAUGAAGCCCGGGCAAAAUCAUGCUCCCCCUGCCGUCUCUCUGAUACAAGCAACUUGGCCCACAGGGAACGCCUCAAUAGAGCCCACGCACUCUUGCGCCUCAAAACUGCCCAUACAAGCGUAUCAACAGACAGCCUAAACAGUGGAAGCACCAGUGAUGGAUACUGCGGCAGCAAAGAUCAAAUGCGACCUGCUCCAAAAGCUCUAUUGAUGCAACAACGACCCAACCAGCUUGAUCUUAAGGUGGCUCAUCAAGAUUACCUUAAUGUAGGAACUGCUGUCCUGAAUGAGACUAACCAGCAACAUAUCCCGGAGAGAGAUUCUGUGGAAAACAAUGAUGUGACUGCUCUAGAGCUCAGCAGCACAGAUGCAGAAAAGAACCAGGAUCAACCUGCACAAACACCUGUCAGUGUAUCCACUAAAUUCUCCUCUGACGUCAGCAUGACUUCAAUUAAACUGUCUCCGUCUUAUCAACAGGUCCCGCUGAUUCAGAGCGUGGCCAAAUUUGGUGUAGCAAAGACGACCAUCAAUGUCCAGGCUGCCCAAGCAAUGAGGAGACAAGCAUGGGUACCUACUGUGAUGACUGGGGGUAGCAUAACAAAGUUUUCUCCAAUGGCAUCCGCCAGAAGCCCAACCAUCGGGCCAAUGGAGACGGUCCAGAAAUACUCCGUGGAGAACACCCCGAUUUGCUUCUCCCGCUGCAGUUCACUGUCCUCCCUCUCUUCCGGAGACGAAGCGCUGGAUGAACAAAGUGAAAAUGAGCUGGAGAGUGACUCGUCAUUGGAAAUAAUAGAAGUGGAGGAUGGAGAAGUGGUGAAGAGAGCUGAGGAGGAUGAAACCUUGGAGGAUCUGAGUGACAGUCAGCUGCUGAUGACUGACUCAAAAACCUUCCCCAGCAAAGAGACCAAUCCCAUCCAGAUUCCCUGUGCUGCCAAAAAGGAAAAGGUGUUCCUAAGAGGAGCAUCGCCAGCCAUACUUGAAGACAGAUCUCCAUCCAGUUCAUCUGAGAACUACAUCCACGAGACACCCCUGGUAAUGAGUCGCUGUAGCUCAGUCAGUUCACUGGGCAGCUUUGAGUCUCCCUCUAUUGCAAGCUCAAUCCAAAGUGACCCAUGCAGUGAGAUGAUUGAUGGAACAAUAAGCCCUAGUGAUCUUCCCGACAGCCCAGGGCAAACCAUGCCUCCUAGUCGAAGUAAAACUCCAUGUUGCAUUGAGCCAAAUGGACCGGAAACACAGCCCACAGGAAUAGCAGGCCAAUGGGAAAGCAGCCUGCGCAAGUUCAUGGAGAUAGCCGACUGCAAAGAGAGGUUUAACUUUCCUCCUGACCUGGACACCAUGAUCUACUUCACUGUGGAAAAGCCCACUGAAAACUUCUCGUGUGCUUCGAGCUUAAGUGCUCUGCCUCUUCACGAACACUACAUACAAAAAGAUGUGGAGCUGAAAUUGACACCCCUACUUAAGCAAAAUGACAAAAAUCUUCCUUUCCCUGACGAGGAUGAGCAAGGAUUCGACCACGGAGAGAGAUAUAGUGAAGGCAAUUCAGACGAUGACAUAGAAAUCUUAAAGGAAUGCAUCAACUCAGCAAUGCCCUCCAAGUUCAGAAAAGUAAGACCUUCGCUGAUGACCACCAUCCCUCCUCAUCUUCUCAAUUCCCAGAUCCGAAAGCCGAUACAUCUUCCCGUGUACAUGAUGCUCCCCAAUGGCAAAACCCAAAUGUGUCCAGGAAGAAGAAUUGUCAUCCCGCAAAGGGACUUCAAAUUGGAUGAUUCGUCAUUGACAGAUUCUGCAGAAGGUACACCAGUAAAUUUCUCCAGCACAACAUCACUUAGUGACGAAACACUCCAGUAUCCUGUGAAGGACAGGGGGGCUAAAGACUGCACAGCCAAAGGUAUGAACAAACAGGAAUUGCUCGACGACGAGGCAAAGAGGAUAGAAGACUUGAGGAUAUUCUCACACUUCCAUAAACCCAACAAGAUGAACUAUCCACCCGAGAUACAAAUUAACCGAGCAACCAAACACAUAGUUCCCACACAGAGGGUGCUAAUGCAGAGCAAAGAGGUAGCCGAUAGGGUGGCAAACCAAAGAAAUCGUGAUCAGUCUCCUAACCAACAAAAGAAGAGGCAAGGUCAAGGCCCAGUCAGGAAACUCGAACUGCCGGUCAUUAAGCAGAACAAAGACGGUAACCUUAAUAUGGUAUCACAAAAAGGAAAAACAAUCUUCCGACAAAUGACUCAUUCUUCAGAGGACAGUAACAGCUUCUAUGAUGACGAAAAUGACGCAAUGAAACAAAUAAGUAGAAAACAGAUCAGAGAGGAAAGUAGAAAUACCCUUUCCCGGAGCAUGACGAAUAUUGGCAGGAUUGAUAAUUCCCAAGCAAUGCCCAGAGGAUUUCACAGGAUUAAACAGAAUCUGAUAAAGGAUGAAUCCCUGGCAUGUUACUCACUGAGCUCCUCGCUUAGUUCGCUGAGUGAUGCUGAGUUUGAGGAUCAUAAAUCAAAAGCCCAGCAAAUAUGGUACAAAAACAGACACAACAAAACACUGAAUAUGAUGAAACAAACGAAGCCAAUGAACAUUCACAGCCAAUACGACGAGCCGAGCUCGCCAAGCUCCGUCAGCAUGGAUUCGGAGGAUGACCUCCUUCAGAAAUGCAUUACAUCUGCCAUGCCCAAGCAGAGAAGGAAGCUUGCUGCAAGGAAGAGGAAGGCAGAAAAUAUUCAAAAACAAAAGGCCUCUGAUGGGUGGACCAUGGAUGAGGAAAUGGAUAGUGAUGACACGGCAUGGGAUAAAGAUUCAGACCUCAAUAGUAUUGAAUGGAGAGCCAUACAAGAAGGUGCAAACUGUGUAGUCACUGGGCUGCAGGCAUCAAAGUCUCAGGACCCAUCCUCUGAAGAGACUGAAUCAGUCCUGUCAUUCAUGUCAACAUCCAGCUUUACACCCAAAGAAAGGACAUUUGCUAAAGACAAAAAGGCGAAUAAGCCUCUAGACUUCGCACAGCGCAAGCCAGUUCCGAACUUACCAGUGGUUUUCCGAGGCAGGACAGUGAUCUAUACACCGAUAAAAGAGGCAGCUCCAUCGCAAAUACCUCCUCCCAGAAAAGUACCAACCAAGACCGAUGCUCCAAAGAAUCCAAACCUUGCUCAGCACAGAUCCAAGAGCCUUCACCGAUUAGGUUACCCCCAGGACAUUGAACUGUCUUUGCCAAAGAGGAGCUCUACUCCGCCUCCAAGGAUACCAAAAAGUUCAUCCUCUGGAUCAUCGCAAAGCUCGACACCGUCCAAACAGUCGCAGAAAAAGAUAACAUCCCCGAUUCAGACAAAUAAAUCCAUCCAGAAAAAGAAUGCCUCCCCAGCAGCUAGCAGCCCCCCGGAAAGAAGGGGACGCUCUCCUGUUGUGAAUCAAACUCAAAAAUCCCCACCACCAAAAACUCAAAAGUCACCCGUCCGUAUCCCUUUUAUGCAAAAUGCAGUCAGGCCCAGAGCUCUGUCACCUCUGGUAACUAACCAGACAAGCGGAAGACAAACCAAUCAGGUCAACGGAAAAAGGGUGUCCCCCGCCAAUCGAUUUGAAAUGGUCAGGAUGUCUUCUGUCCAUUCAAGCGGCUGCGAGUCUGAGCGCAAUGGAUUCCUGAGACAGCUGACUUUCAUUAAGGAAUCACAGACUGCGUUAAGGCGCGACGCCUCUGCACGCAACAUGCCUCGAUCUCAGAACGGAUCCCCCCGCAGAGCAGUUCCUGGAGCUUCGGCUGUCUUCCUUUGCUCGUCACGCUGUCAGGAACUCAAGGCUGCGCAAGCCCAGAGAAGGGUGCAAGUAAAAGAUCCAAGACAAGAACAGCAAGUCCAGAGGCCGGAGCGUGGCCUUCAGAAGCAGAGUACACCCCUCUCUAGAGCGACCUCCAGUGAACGUGACCUAGCUGCAAGACGCUCAGCAAGGAGAACUAGCUCUGAAAGCCCCUGCAGGGUGGCUCAGAAAAAGGGGCCUGGAAGAGUGUCCGGAGCCAGGCAACAAGAAGACAAAGAUACCUUUAAGCGUCAUGCCUCGUCACCGAGCAUAAACAUACUGAGCAGAGUGACCAGCCGUUCUUCGCUCCGCUCGUCAUCGUCCGAUUCGAGCGGCAGAGCCAAGAGCGAGGACGAUACAAAGAAGAAAGGGCAGAGAUCUGCAUCCCGGCUGAAUGACAGAGUCACCUGGAGGAGGAUAAGGGAUGAAGAUGUACCUCAGAUCUUGAAAAGCACUCUGCCAGCCAAUGCAUUACCUCUGGCGCCUUCUCCUGACGGGGAAAGGCCAAAGCCACCAGCUCUUCCAGGAAAACUGCCAACCAUUCUACUCGCAUCUCGCAAGACAAGCGAUGCGACAGUCCAGACGGAAGAUUUUUCCAACAACAAGACCAACUCGAGCACCUCUCCGGCGGUAGAAACAGCUCGAGUGAUCUCAGACGAAGUGGCCCGAUUGGCGCUGCUCAGAAAGAUUAGUGUCCCCUCUGGGAGUAACGUCCAGGACGGGGAUUCAGACGUCUCCCUGAGGAGCCACAGCAACGUCUCCACAGGUACGUCCGACAGCCAUGUGGGCGGAGUUGUCCAUUUCCGCCAAGGAUCCCCCAGCAAGGCCGCCCGAAUCACUCCAUUUAAUUACACCCCAAGCCCCAUUUCCUGCUGCACGCAAGACACACAGAGCCAAGGAGCCCCAAUCAAUGAAAAGUCAGGGGAAAAGUGAGUCCUAAAAAGUAGAGAGGAUUACUGGACGACUUUACUGUGUUCCUGAAUGAGACUCAGUACUCAGGUGGACAGACUCGGGAGUGUGCUGGCCCCUAUACCUCGGAUAUUGACCCUUUACUUUCCCCAUUCAGACAUUGCAUUCAAGUUUUUCUCUCUGAACAAUUGAUCACGGCUUCCAUCUAGCAUUCAUAACAGAGUUGGAUGUAUGCAUUGAGACAGGUCUGACGUGAACAGACCGUGAAUAACUUUUCAGAGAUGCAUUUCAGAGAAAAAUCUCACAUGAAACGGAAGAGCAUCUUUUUGUACUUUCUUUUGUAUUUGUAGAAUAAUCAUUGCCUGGUAGAAAUGUAGUGGAAACAUAACGCAAAAAGACAAUGAACUUGAUUUCAGCACAUAAAUCACCAUCGGUCUCCUGGACAGAAUCGAUAAAAGAACAAUAUUAUGCAAACUUUUGAAGGAUUACUCAGCUGGACUUUUUACCUGAAAAGG